AUGUCUAACGCCGCUCAGUACCGCUCCCUUGGCAAGACCGGUCUCAAAGUCUCUGUGCCAAUUCUUGGUGCGAUGAGCUUUGGAACGUCCAAAUGGGCUUCUUGGGUCCUUGACGAGGAGCCUGCUAUCGAACUCAUGAAGGCUGCUUGGGACCUUGGCAUCAACACCAUCGACACCGCCAAUAUUUACUCAAACGGCAAAUCAGAGGUUCUCAUCGCCAAGUUCAUCAAAAAGUACAACAUUCCUCGCCCCCAGAUCAUAAUCGCUACCAAGUGCUAUGGUGUUGUUUCCACUGACCCUUCCAGGCAGAUAGCCUACAGGCCCGGCCUCGAGCAGCUGCCCGAGUACGUUAACCAAUCUGGCCUGUCUCGCGCUGCAAUCUUCAACGCUGUAGACGCGUCCCUCGCUCGUCUCGAGACCCCAUACAUCGAUCUCCUGCAGAUCCACCGCUUCGACCCUUCAGUCACCCCUGAGGAGACCAUGAAGGCACUUCACGACCUCGUGCAAAGCGGGAAAGUCCGUUACAUAGGUGCUAGCUCCAUGCGCUGCUGGCAAUUUGCCAUGUUGAAUGACACGGCCGCUCGUUACGGUUGGACAAAGUUUGUCAGCAUGCAGGAUGAGUAUUCGCUACUCUACCGCGAGGAGGAACGCGAGAUGCUUGCUUAUUGCAACUACAACGGUAUCGGUGUCAUUCCCUGGGCUCCUCUAGCUGCUGGUAUUCUCGCACGUCCCGUUGGCACGGAGACAGCACGCCUCAGCACUACCAAGGGAACCCCUUUCGAGAGGGCGCUGACCGAUGGGGACGUGGCCAUUAUCAACCGCGUCGAAGAGCUUGCCAAGAAGAAAAAUUGCAGCAUGAGUCAGAUUGCGUUGGCCUGGGUCGCAACAAAGGUGUCGAGCCCUAUCGUGGGUAUCAGCUCUCUAGAGAGAUUGCAGCAGAGUAUUAUCAAGGGAAUCGAGCUCACACCGGAGGAGAUCUUGUCCCUGGAGGAGCCGUAUGAGCCCAAGACCGUCCGUGGCCACCUUUAAACGAUUGCAGCCAACGUAGAGCGCCCACGUCAGCAAAAAUCUGUAGCAUUUUGUAUUACCACCAUCGCCGC